AUGAUUGAUCAUGCAAUUAGACUCAGCGGAGACGAUGCACAGAACUUCUUGGAGACCCAGCCGUCCGAAGCUCCUACCACUCGCUUCACUUGUGACUGCGGUAAGAGCUACAUGCGCAAAGAGCAUCUCCGACGUCACCAAUCCACUCAUGACGGAGAACCACACAAGUGUCACAUAUGUGGGCAGGUUUAUUGGCGCAAGUGA